AUGGAGUGGCUAUCAACCUCAGUAUUCCAGGCUGCUUUACCUGAUCACUGUGUACCAGCCAACGAAUUCCUCCUCCGAUUCAGCAGCGCGUUUCACGUCUGCAUACCGACCCCUCUAGCAUUCACAUCCAAUCUACUCGGCGCUCUGAGUAUAAUCUCCUGGCUCUUUGCCCAACUACCACAAAUAUGGAAGAAUUGGUCCAUUCAGAGCACAUCCGGGCUGUCAAUUUUCUUUCUGGUCGAGUGGUGUUUUGGAGACUUUUCUAACCUCCUGGGGGCACUUUUCACACACCAAGCACCGUGGCAGGUAGCGAUCGGAUGCUAUUACGUCUUUGUUGAUGUAUGCUUGGUGUUGCAAUGGAUUUGGUACGAGAGAUUGAAGCAUGGACACCCCGUUUUCCGGAUACGAAGGACAGGAGACUCACUGCAGGGAGGUUCUGGUGGUGGUGAUGGCCAAGAUAUGGAGCGAGUUGUGAUUGAAGGCGACAACGGUACAAAAUCCCAGACGCGGCCGAAGGUAAUCUUUCGAGCACCAACGUUCCAGCAGCAACGCGAGGAGAAGAACGAGAAGGCCUUGUCGAGCUCCUCGGGCUCGCCGAUAAUUCGUCUGGGAGGGUCGUCUUCUCCGAUGCCUUCUCCCUCACCACGAACUAUCUUGUUCAUUGCGUGCCUGGUAGCUAUGGCACAAGCGAAACCCAUUCCCGGCGCUCUUUCAGACGCCACAACUGGAGGACCCACACGUCUUGAGAUCGCCGGCACCUUUCUUUCGUGGACAUCAACGGUGCUUUAUUUGGGAUCUCGCUUGCCGCAACUCUUGAAGAACUGGCGCCGUAAGWCAACGGCUGGCUUAAGUCCUCAUCUCUUCAUCGCUGCAUUUUGUGGCAACCUCUUCUAUUCGAGCGCUCUAUUUACAAACCCUUGUGCAUGGGAAGAUUUUGGGGCUUAUGGCGGAGGUGGUUGGGCUGGGAAGGAUGGGAGUAGCAGGGAAGAGUGGGUUCUUGCGGCGUUGCCGUUCUUUCUGGGAGCUUUUGGGGUAUUGGGAUUGGAUGCGAGUGUUGGAGUUCAGUUCUUGCUGUACAGCAACACGACCGAGAAAUUGGUGGUCGUGGAGGACGAAGGCAAUGAUCGGAGAAGUCGUUGGCGCAGAGUCAGUGGUUGGAUGAGAGGCUGGGUUCCAUCCAGUGUAAGUGAGGGAAAGAGCGAUGAACAAGAAUCAUUGAUGGGUAGAAGUGGGCAGCAUGGAGAGGGAUACGGCGCGUUAUGA